UUCCGUAUUUCCAAGAUGGUGGCGUAAACAAUUUCACGUGUUCUGGUUUCACUCUAGAUCUAUAUCUUAUCUUAUAUAUCGAGGUCUUGAUCUGUAAUUUUUUAUUGACACAGAUCUAUGCCUAACAGACUAUUCACAUAUUCUUGUUAGGUUAGCACAAAACUUGCUCGAUGGAUGAACCAGAUAUCAAGAAGGGUCAUAGACCCAGACAGGCAGGCCGAAAAGCAGAUAAGAAAAAAGCGAAAAACAAACAUGAACAAGACCUGACUGCUAAGCAAAGAAACCCACGGGCGUUUGCCAUACAAUCAGUAAACAAAGCAGCUAAAGCUUUUAGAAGAACAGCAGAUAUAAAGACUAAAAAGCAACACAUACCUAAAGUUGACAGAUCACCCACUGAACCACCCCCUAUUGUUGUAGCGAUUGUUGGACCACCAAAAGUUGGAAAGUCUACAUUGCUAAAAUGCCUGGUCAAGAACUUUACUAAACAAAAAUUGACAAAUAUUAACGGCCCAGUCACUGUUGUAGCUGGUAAAAACAGACGUUUAACAUUGAUAGAGUGCAAUAAUGAUAUUAAUUGUAUGAUUGAUGUUGGCAAAGUGGCAGAUUUAGCUCUGUUGAUGGUUGAUGCCAAGCAAGGUUUUGAAAUGGAAAUUUUUGAGUUCUUUAACAUCUGUCAGGCGACUGGUUUCCCACGUUGUAUGGGUGUACUUAACCACCUGGACCAAUAUAAAGACAGCAAAACUGUACGCAAAAGAAAGAAACAGCUUAAGAACAGAUUUGAAAUAGAACUUUAUAAAGGUGCAAGAUUGUUUUAUCUGUCCAUGCUAGUCAACGGGGAAUAUCUCCAAAAUGAAGUACACAAUCUGUGUAGGUUUAUUUCUGUUAUGAAAAUGACUCCGCUUGUGUGGCGUGCAUCACAUCCGUACGUCUUGGCAGACAGAAUGGAAGAUAUUACCAACCCAGAAAACAUCAGACAGAACCCUAAGUGUGACAGGGUGGUCAGUCUCUAUGGAUAUAUGCGUGGUACCAACAUGAAAUCAAAGUCUGUAGUACACAUUGCAGGCUGUGGGGAUUAUGUCAUCAAAACCAUGACCUACCUCCCCGACCCGUGUCCCACCCCACAGAUGGAGAAGCGUAGGAGUCUUAAUAAACGGGAACGUCUCAUCUAUGCCCCCAUGUCUGGAGUUGGAGGCAUUGUGUAUGACAAGGAUGCUGUGUAUAUAGAUAUUGCCAAGCCAACUCAAGAGGAGGAGAAGCCAACUGGUCUAGUAGCUGCCUUGAUGGAAAGUUUAAAGCCUGUAGACGAGAAAGUCAAAGAAAGUCAGAUUUCUAUAUUUAAAGGAGGCCCCUCUCUUUCUGGGUCGGACUUUUCUAGGAAAAGGCAUGUGGAUAAAACUAGUGAUGAUGAGGAAGAUGAAGAUGAUGAGGAAGAUUCUGGUAUGGACACAGAUAGUACAGAAGAUAAUGACAGUGCUGAAGAUGAAGAUGAUGAAGUCAAGAGUCCACCUAGGAAGAGGAAGAAAACUGAUCCUUAUGAUGAGAAAGAUAUAGAUGAAAUAGGCUAUGAAGAAGAAGACGGGGAUGCAGAAGGAAUGGAGGAUGAUAGUUCAGAUGUGGAUGAUGAAAGUGUUGAUGAAAUGGAACAGGAUGAACAAGAAGAUAGUGAUAGUGAAAGUGGCAUGCUAAAGUGGAAGAAAAAUAUGUUUGAAAGGGCAGCCUUGAAACAUAAAAAUAGAAAAAACUAUUUCAAAAUGGUUUAUGGAGAAGAUGCUGAUGACAAGAAGGACGAAGAUAAAGAUGAUGAAGAAGAUGAGGAUUUGGCUGGUUUGUUCAAAGUCCUUAAGAAACACACUAAAGACAACUCUCAAGUGGACAGACAUGAAAUCAAUAAGCUAGAUUGCAACAGAGCUGAGAAUGGUGAGAGUUUGGAUCUUGACGAGCUCAAGGAGGACAUUGCUGAUUCAUUUGUUACUGGCAAAUGGGAUGCAAGUGAAGAUGCUAAAGCCAGGCUAGAUGAAGAUGAUGAAUUAUUUGGAGAUUUUGAAGACUUGGAAACUGGCGAAAAAUUUCACGGCACUAAACCGUCCUCAGCUCUUGACAGUGAGGAUGACAAUGAGACUAAAGAAGAUGAUAAUGAACAAGAGGGUGAAGAAAAAGAGGAAAAUGAUGAGGAAGGAUCUGAUCAGGAGCGACCCAAAACAAAAGCAGAAAUGACAGCACAAGAGAGAAGGAUGGCCAAGAAGAAGAAGAUUAAAGACCUUUUUGACAAAGAGUAUGACAAUAAAGGAGACUCCGAGUUUUAUGAUUCCUGGAAAAGCGAGAUGGAUGAACAGUCCAAAUUGAACAGGGCGGAGUUUGAAGAAUUGCCAGAGGAGCAGCGAGUUCAGUUUGAAGGCUUCAGACCGGGGAUGUAUGUCCGCAUUGAAUUUGACCAGAUGCCCUGUGAGCUCAUUGAGAACUUUGACCCCACAUAUCCCAUCAUUAUUGGUGGUAUGACCAACGUGGAAGAAAAACUAGGUUAUGUCAAUGUGAGGAUAAAGAAACACAGGUGGUACAAGAAAAUACUGAAGACCAGGAACCCUCUCAUUCUGUCUCUUGGAUGGCGCCGCUUCCAAACUAUUCCCUUCUAUUACAAGCUGGAAGACAACUUGAGACGUCGUAUGCUCAAGUACACGCCAGAACACAUCCAUUGUCAUGCUACUUUCUGGGGUCCCAUAACUCCACAAGGUACAGGCUUUCUAGCUGUAGAGUCUGUCAGUGAAAAGACAGCUAAUUUUCGUAUUGCUGCUACUGGAGUUGUCUUAGAACUGGAUCAGUCAGUUGAGGUGGAGAAGAAGCUGAAACUGGUGGGAACUCCCCUGAAAGUAUUCAAAAAGUCUGCAUUCAUACAGGAUAUGUUUACCAGUAGCCUUGAAGUGGCCAAGUUUCAAGGUGCUCGGCUGCAGACUGUAAGUGGGCUGAGAGGUCAGGUCAAAAAAUCUCUGCAUACUCCUCCUGGUGCAUUCAGGGCGACAUUUGAAGACAAGAUUAGAAUGAGUGAUAUUGUUUUUCUAAAAGCUUGGGUGAAGCUAGAUAUCCCCAAGUUUAUCAUGCCAGUUACUUCCCUUUUAUUGACACCAGAAGCCAAGCAGGCUUGGUUGGGAAUGAGAACGAUUGGCCAGUUAAGGCAUGAAAGAGGACUUGCAGUACCCCAGAAAGCUGACUCUGCUUAUAAGCCGAUCGUUCGCCCUGAGAGAGAGAGAAAACCAUUAGUUAUCCCAAGGCAUUUAAAAAGAGUUUUACCUUUUAAAGAUUUACCCAAAGACUUGAGAGAACCUCAACAGCAGAAGAGAGUUGCAGUCGUCAUGGAGCCAGCAGAGGCCAAGGUUGCCAACUUCUUGAAGCGUGUCAAGGCACUCUACAACUUCAAAGCCGUGUCACAUCAUCGUGAGAUGAGGCAGAGGGCCAAGGAGCAUCAGAAAAAGAAAGAGGCCGAGGAAGCUGUGCGGCAGGAAAAGUUGAAAGAGUCCAAGAAAAGGUUGCACAAAAUUUUAGGGGAGAUGAAAAAGAAGAAAGAGGGAAAGGGAGGCAAUAGUUGAUUUUUGAGAAUAUCACUGACUGUAUGAUAGUGUGAAGAAUAAAAAAGUUUAGAGUGACCUGCAUGAAAGUGUUAGUUUGAAGUGUCCUGUACGAAAGUGCUUAGAGUGCAUGACAUAAUAAUAAUAAAUUAAUUUUAAAAAAUGGAAUGACAUUUAUCACACAGAAUAUUUUAUCUGUACAUCUUUGUAAAUAAUAUAUGUUACAGUAAAAAUGUAAUAGACUUAUUAGUAUAAUUUGCCACUGUUGAUGUUACUUGAUGGUAUCUUGGGACUGAGUGUUGACUUGAGUCCAGAGUCCCAUAACAAUUGUUUGCUUGUUAAGUGAAAUGAUUAUUUGCAAGAAAGAAAAUUGAAGCAAAUUUUGUUUUGUCAUUAAAUAUUGAAACAUUUA